AUGCUCACAUCAACUAGCCUGGGGUCGAUUGCUCACUGUUAUAUCCUCAAUGAACUCCGUUCGUCGAUUAACAAAAAUAUUUUCUCAGAAAAGUGUUUUGUGGAGGAUAAUGGGAAGGAAUUGAUACAGAAAAUGUUGGAUAAUUCGAAUUUUAAUCUCAACAAAGCGGCAAUUGCAGAGCUAGGAGAACGUAACAAAGAGGAAAAAGCUUUCCCAACGAUGAGACUGGAGAUUAACAACAAGUUCGAAGAAGGAGGGGCAGCGACAAGGAAUGAGGGCGAUCGAGAUGUUGAGAGGGAAGGAAAGUUCAAGGAUAGCGAAAAAAGAGCAUGUAAGUGA